AUGGCAUCUAGCAGCAUCAGUCAGCUUUCUAUUCCCCUUCCUCACUCUCUGGACACCCGCAUCCACAUCCAUCUCAACAUCAAGGCCAAAACCGUUACCCUGUUCCUCACCUCAACAACGCAAGACGAACCUUCAUCAACGGCGGCACUAGGUUCUUUCGUCUAUGCCUUGCCUAACAGGCUUGAGCCCGCCCAACCGCUUUCAACAGCCAUCUACUCGGUGGAGUCAACGCUCGAGUUCACCACGCGGAUGGCCAAACUACUAGCAAAGCGGGCCGACAUGCCAGUCUAUGUCGGCUGCUCAAUGAACCUUGGAGGCACGGCCAUGGCCCUUUCGGUCGAGGAGGAGAUGGAGGCGUUCCGUGCAGUCGUGGAAGUCGUCAUGGCGAGGCUCAAGGGCGCUCAGCCCGCGGUCAACGGGGUCUGA